AUGGGGGUGAGGCUCCGAGUCUGGGACUGGGACUGGCCGCCGGCUCCCCAUUCAAUCUCCCGCCGACCCCGUCCUCUUGGGGCGGCGCUUUCUAGCCUGCUGGCCGGAGGGUCCCGGAAGGGGUCUCCAACUGCGCGGAGCCCCGGCCAGGGGACAAAGGAGAAGCGGGCUGGGGUCGGCUCCCUCCGCUCGGAGGCCGGCUCAGGCCCCCGCCCCACUGUCGGGGCUCAGCCGACCGCGCUGUCCUCUGCCUGGCCGCGCACGUGUCCACAGAGGUCCGGUGAAAUCCCACGUGUGCGCCCCACACAGCCCGGCCUCCUCUCCUUGCGCCCGGGCCGCGGGCACCCACCCUCGGGGACACGUGUGUGCGGGGAGCGCCGGCACGGUCGGGGCCGAGCACGGCCUCUCACGCCCGGGCAGCAGCGGAUCGGGGCAUCGGCUGGUCCAGGACCCGCCCCCAGGCCACGCUGUCCAGGCAGCUGUCACCUCCCCAGGCCGCCGCGGCACGCUCGGAUGGGCGUAGCGGAAGGGAGCCGCGGGGCGGACACUCACCGCGCUCGCCGCCGCCGCCACUGCGCUCGCCUCCCCGCCGCGCCGCGCGCUCCGCCAGCACCUCGGCGGGGAGGCGCGUCCGCUCGGCGCCGCGCGCGCUCCGCCCUUCGGCCUCCGCCGGGCUUCGGCUCCCCUUGCCGGCGGCCGAGAGUACUGCGCCAACCAGGCCAACGCCCCGCGCCAACCCUCCCCAGCCCCCUGCCCCAGGAAGGUGGCAGUUCUGCGCGCAGAGGCCAGGCUGCAUGA